GCGAAAGACAGACAACCUUUGGGCUAGCACCUGUUUGUAGCGAGUCUACAGAGUCAGUCAAGAAGAUAAAUGUGCCAACCGCUGACAUAUUUCAUGUGGGACUGGUAGUAUGGAAGUCAUUCUUCAAAAGAGCUGACGUGGGACUUGUUGACUGAAUUUUUAUGUGUCGGAGAGACGGCGGCAUUGUUUUUGUUUGAUUUCCACCUGUUUGGACCUUGUAGGGGGCCGGCUGAGAAGAAGCCAGGAUGACCAAUCUUAAGAAACUAACGAUCGUGCUUGGGAGGAAGCCAGAAGCUCGCGAAGAAGACGCGAAGGAAGAGCCCCAUCUUCCCGAUGAAGGAUUGAAACUUGUCCGCUGCUCGCCGAAAAAGAUGCCUCGGGCGCCGCCAAACACACCGGCGGCGAGGAAAAAGGAGAGACGGGAAUCGAACUUGGACCUUGAGAACCCAAGGCACAAGGCCAAAAGGGUGAAGGACAGAGGCGAACGGUGGCUUGUCGAUGUCGUAGAAGGCGACAGACUUUCUGGGAAUAACCGAGUGAGUAUGAGAGUACAGCGUGCCAACAUCCUUCCCAGACUAACCCUUCCCCAGUUGUCCGGACACUUCAUGCUACAACACCACAUCUGUCAGAGAUACCUAACUCACGCUACAACAGACGAUAACAACGUGCAGUUCCCGGGCAUCACCCGCUCCAACAGCAUCGUCAGACGGCCUAAGAUAGCCCGGAACGGAGAGCUCCGCAGUCUGUGGGAGGAAGAGAACGAUACCGGACACGGACUGUUCCUGUCUAGAUACAGAGAUGGACCAACAGCGACAAAGGACGGAUCCAAAAAGAGUAACAGAGGAGUAAGACAAAGAAAACGCAUUUACUACGACACGGGGAGGUCUUCCUUGUCUGUGUCGGGAACGAAGAAAGAAAUUGAGGGACCGGGAAGUGAUUUUUAUCAUUCCCCGGCGCACGAAGCACAGUCGAUGUACCAACGUUCUUUGAUGCGAAAUUGGGCGAAAUUCUGUCGCAUGUGAAGGAACGCUACGGAUUUUGGAGUGUGUAUUUUGUAUUCUCUGUGGAAUUGCCGUGGCUGUUUGACUGAUAGAUAAAAUGACGCCACGCCUAAAUGAUGUGUAUUGAAGCCACAAAUUACCUAAAUAUAGUUAGAGCCGCAGGGCAACAAGUUUGUACCCACCUCAUGAAUUAUGCAAAGUUUGUGGCACCAUUGUCUGUGUGUGUGACAGGUGCCUAAAGAAGAGAACAUUUUAAGCCAACAGUACGUGCUCUAAAAUGGACUAUGUUUUGACUUAACGGUUUCGUAUUAAAUAUUUAAAAAAAGAAUCAGCGGUAAACCUUACAACAUGAUGUUAUCCGCCGAAGCUACUAUGCUGUUAA